CACGCUCCAGAUCAGUCGCCCCAGUUGACGCGAGCUAGCGAUGGGUAUUAAAGCAAGCCCCCCGCCUUCCAAACUCACGCUUCUUUCUUCUGCAUCAGCAUCCAACAGCCCCACAACAACAACACCUUUGAUCAACAACAAUGGCUCGCACCAAGCAAACCGCUAGAAAGUCCACUGGUGGCAAGGCUCCUCGCAAGCAGCUUGCCUCCAAGGCUGCCCGCAAGUCUGCCCCCUCUACCGGUGGCGUCAAGAAGCCUCACCGCUACAAGCCUGGUACCGUCGCUCUCCGUGAGAUCCGUCGCUACCAGAAGUCUACCGAGCUUCUCAUCCGCAAGCUCCCCUUCCAGCGUCUGGUCCGUGAAAUCGCCCAGGACUUCAAGAGCGAUCUCCGCUUCCAGUCUUCCGCCAUUGGCGCUCUCCAGGAGUCCGUCGAGUCUUACCUCGUCUCUCUCUUCGAGGACACCAACCUGUGCGCCAUUCACGCCAAGCGUGUCACUAUCCAGUCCAAGGAUAUUCAGCUCGCCCGCCGUCUCCGCGGUGAGAAGAACUAAGCUGGAUAACAUGGCUUAUGUUUUGGAAUCAUGACUUUGCUUUGACACGAUGGAAAUCAUGGAAUUGGGGGUUAAUCAUGGCGUUUACAAUGAGAACUUGCUUUACAGUUGGGAUGUAUAUUAAAGCCUACGGCGCAGCUUUAGACUGCCGGAAUGAAACAGACGACACGUCUCACUAAAAUCACAUCAAUUUGUCUUCGCCGUG